AUGACAUCAGAGGCCCGCUCAUCCCUCCGGCGCCGCUCGCUCACGCCGCCUUUCAGAUACCAAACAUGGCUUCGGCUGGCGUGGGCGCUGCUGGUGGGUGCUGCUGGCCCGGGCUCCUGGGCCCAGCCGGGCGCCCAGCCGGGCACCCAGCCUCAGUCCAUCAAAAUCGAGGGGGACUUCUUCGUAGGCGGGCUGUUCCCCGUUCACUCCCGGGGCCCCGCCGGCGUGCCCUGCGGGGAGAUCAAGAGAGAAAAGGGGAUCCAUCGACUGGAGGCCUUGCUGUACGCCUUGGACCAGAUCAACAGCGACCCGGACCUGCUGCCUAACAUCACUCUGGGGGCCCGGAUCCUGGACACCUGCUCCAGGGACACCUACGCCCUGGAGCAGUCGCUCACCUUCGUCCAGGCCCUCAUCCAGAAAGACACCUCCGAUGUGCGCUGCUCCAACGGAGAGCCUCCCAUCCUCCCCAAACCGGAGAGGGUGGUGGGCGUGAUCGGGGCGUCGGGCAGCUCGGUGUCCAUCAUGGUGGCCAACGUGCUCCGGUUGUUUUCGAUCCCCCAGAUCAGCUACGCCUCCACCGCCCCGGAGCUGAGCGACAAGACCCGCUACGAGUUCUUCUCCCGCGUGGUGCCUCCUGACUCCUACCAGGCCCAGGCGAUGGUGGACAUCGUCAAAGCCAUGGGCUGGAACUACGUCUCCACGCUGGCCUCCGAGGGCAACUACGGAGAGAGCGGCGUGGACGCCUUCCUCCAGAUAUCCAGAGAAGCAGGUCGUGGGCUGUGCAUUGCCCAGUCCAUAAAGAUCCCCAGGGAGCCCCGGCCAGGGGAGUUUGAGAAGAUCAUCAAGAGGCUGAUGGAGACCUCGAAUGCCCGGGGGGUCAUCAUCUUUGCCAACGAGGACGACAUCAAACGGGUGCUGCAGACCGCCAAAACGGCCAACCUCACGGGCCACUUCCUGUUCGUCGGCUCCGACAGUUGGGGGGCCAAGAACUCCCCCAUUCAAGACCAGGAGGAUGUGGCCGAGGGCGCGGUCACCAUCCUGCCCAAAAGAGCCUCUAUUGACGGGUUCGACCAGUACUUCACUUCGAGAUCUCUCGAAAACAACAGAAGGAACAUCUGGUUUGCAGAAUUCUGGGAGGACGACUUCAAGUGCAAACUGACCCGCCCGGGCAUAAAGUACGACCUCGGGAGAAGGAAAUGUACAGGCGAUGAAAGAAUCAGCCACCACUCUCAGUACGAGCAGGAGGGCAAGGUGCAGUUCGUGAUCGACGCCGUGUACGCCAUGGCCCACGCGCUCCACAGCAUGCACCUGGACCUGUGCCCGGGCUACAUGGGGGUCUGCGAGAAGAUGGACCCCGUGGAAGGAGAGAUGCUGCUCCAAUACAUUCGCUCCGUCAGCUUCAACGGCAGCGCGGGAACGGGAGUGAUGUUCAACGAGAACGGAGACGCUCCCGGUCGCUACGACAUCUUCCAGUACCAGCUGUCUAAUGUCAGCAACCCGGGCUACAAGGUCAUCGGCCAAUGGACGAACCACCUUCGCCUCAAUCCGGAGGAGAUGCAGUGGUCCGGUGGCGACCGCAAGGUCCCGGAGUCGGUGUGCAGUUUCCCUUGCGAGUCCGGCGAGAGGAAAAAGAUGGUGAAGGGCGUUCCCUGCUGCUGGCACUGCGAGUUCUGCGACGGCUACCAGUACCUGCUGGACGAGUUCUCCUGCGACAUGUGCCCCUUCGACAUGAGGCCCCUGAAGAACCGCACGGGCUGCCGGUCGACGCCCAUCAUCAAGCUGGAGUGGAGCUCUCCCUGGGCCAUCAUCCCCGUCUUCCUGGCCAUCCUGGGCAUCCUGGCCACCAGCGGGUGCAUCGUCACCUUCAUCCGCUUCAACGACACGCCCAUCGUGCGGGCCUCCGGCCGGGAGCUCAGCUACGUGUUGCUGACGGGCAUCUUCCUCAUCUACCUCAUCACCUUCCUCAUGAUAGCCGAGCCCAGCGUGCCCGUGUGCGCCUUCCGCAGGCUGCUGCUGGGGCUCGGCAUGUGCAUCAGCUACUCCGCCAUGCUCACCAAGACCAACCGGAUCUACCGCAUCUUCGAGCAGGGCAAGGUCGCGGUCACGCCCCCGAAAUUCAUCAGUCCCACCUCCCAGCUGAUCAUCACCUUUAUACUCAUCUCGAUGCAGAUACUCGGGGUGUUCAUCUGGUUCGGCGUGAUGCCCCCCCACACCAUCAUCGACUACGAGGAGCAGAAGCCCCCGAACCCGGAGUUCGCUCGCGGGGUCCUCAAGUGCGACAUGUCCGACCUGUCGCUCAUCUUCUGUCUGAGCUACAGUUUCGUACUGAUGAUCACCUGCACGGUGUACGCCAUCAAGAGCAGAGGAGUUCCCGAGACCUUCAACGAGGCCAAGCCCAUCGGCUUCACCAUGUACACCACCUGCAUCAUCUGGCUGGCCUUCGUGCCCAUCUUCUUCGGCACGGCGCAGUCCACGGAGAAGAUGUUCAUCCAGACCACCACGCUCACGGUGUCCAUGAGCCUGAGCGCCACCGUAUCCCUGGGCAUGCUCUACAUCCCCAAGGUCUACGUCAUCAUCUGCCACCCGGAGCAGAACGUCCAGAAGAGGAAGCGCAGCUUCAAGGCCGUGGCGCAGGCGGCCACCGUGUCCACGCACCUGUCCCAGAAGUCCAACGACAAACAGAACGGCUCCAAGAUCGAGCCGGACCGAUCGCAGUGA